AUGGAUUUCGAUCAUGCAUAUAGGCGGCACAAACUUUACAACCUUAGAAAUCAGCAACGCAAAGGCAAUGAACCAGAAGUGGCACAUGUUGAUAGCGCUAUUACCGCGCCCUACAAUUCGUUUACUGGAGUUACACUACAAAAAGGUGCUGCACUUUCUUCAGAAAUGGAGAACUAUAGAAGAAGGGUGAUUGCUCUCCUUAACUUCUUUGACUCCAUAGCUCCACAUUGGUGGGAUCAGUUGCAUCUCUUCAAUGGAAAGUGGGUUAAACGCCCAAGCAGAAGUGCAGAUCUAAUUGUCAGGCUGCAGACAAGAUUAAAGGCCCGCCUUACACGUCUCACACCUCGUAUGGUGAUACCGGCUGCUGCAGCUGUCAUCACUAUAGAAGAGAGUGAUAUUGUCCCCGUUCUACCGCAAAAUCUCUUACAUUCAACCAAACCACACGCCAAUCGACGACUCAAAUUGGGGAAAUUUGAAAAUGAGCAAGAAACAUUAAAAUUGGCUUACUCCAUCGCUCGACGUUUGGGAGAAGUUGAAAGAAUGAAACAGCAGUUAAUUUUGUAUGCAGUUGAGUGGAUAAAUGCUGAUGGUAGGGACUUUCCCCGCAGAGCACAAAGACUCGCUUUACUCACAAAGAAUAUAAAAUGUUGCCUCAUUGAACGCUUCAAGGGGGUGCAAGCCCUCAUUACUCAUUACUAUCGUCGACGAUCUUCCAACAAUUCAGAUGAUGGUUUAAAUGCGUACUACUUUGGGAUUGAAGCGGAUCCCAAAUCACGUCUGAUGCAUGCUUUUAGUGAAGUUACCGCUGCAAGUUUAAGCACCACUAGUAUGGAGAUUCUACGAGUCAUGGCUAACGCUGACUUGACCCUUGCUACUGAUCCAACAUUUACAACUGACUUUAUUGACUAUUAUUCACCAAAUAUCCUUCCAAUGUCUGCUUAUACGCUGACGUCUGUCACUACUGAUGUUACUACGCAAGAAGAGAAUGCACAGUUGGGGGAGGCUGAAAGAAGCACGACUGAUAAUUUUGCCGAUGAAGAAGACCAUGGAGAGCCAACAAAGUCACGGUAUCAAACCAAUCCUGAGGCUUUGCUGGAUCAGCGUAUCCCUUCGAUACAGCCAUCCUUGAUGGGCAAGGUGCCUGAAAUUCAGCGGCAUGAUAGCCUUGGUAAGGCAGAGCUUUCAGCAGACAAAUCAAGAGAGGAAGAAGAGGAGGCUUUUACAUUGCCGGAUAUUAAUAGUCACAGACUACGGCGCCUCGACUCGGGUUCUCGACGGAGGCGAGAAACCGCUCAACUUGUCACAAAUUUACUUACAUUACAAGGAUCGAAGUCUUCCGAAGAAAACGAGGAUAGAUCAACAGGAAAUGUGAAUUCCCAUCCAACACUAAAGCAUAUUAGCAGCAGUACUGCUCUGCCAUCCACAUUGCUCUUCCGACCCUCCAGUUUUGAAGAUAACCAAGGAAACAUUGCUACGCAAGCAAACAUAACUUUAUCUGAUGAGACUACUUAA